UAUUUAAGCAACACGCAGCGUAAAAGUUUUAAAAUUUUUCACCCGCGCCGCAGCAUCCGAGGCCAUAAAAAGAAAUUCAAUUAAAAUAAUUAGAGUGGUCAAAAACUAGUGCUUUGUGGCGGAGAAGCACCUUAAAUAUAGUUUACCUGGGCCACUAGCCCGCACAACCCCGCCAGCAGCCGACGAUUUGUGCGCCGGAGCAAAGCUUCCGCAGCCGUCGAUUCGAGAGCAUUGCGGAUGCGAAUCCGAGUGGCGACAGGACGAAAGUGCGGCCCCAGCGGAGCCAAAUUACGGUAGUGAAAAAAUUGUGGGGCGCCGCUGAGUUUCUGUGCAAUUAUUGUAGUUAGGCGGUGCCGAGGAAGUGUGCUGUGUCCUGUGACUGAUGCUCGAAAUCGCGAGCUGUUCGCGUUGCUCGUCCUGUGUUAAGAGCCCACCAUGUGAAGGACACGGACACGGGCAGGGACAGGGACUCGGGAGUGCACAACUACGAGUAGAGCGCGAGAUGGCGCCCGUCACCCGCAGCCGGAGCAGCAGCAGUGGCAGAGUAAUCCUUGAGAGCAGCGCCGCCCGAUGAAGGAUUGCAGCAUGGAACGCACAUGCACAGGCACUGGCACAUGCACAUCCACCACGCCCACUGGCAGCAUAAAUAACGCAAGGACAUGGACGGCGCAACGAACGCGACGAGGACAAAGGCCCACGGCCUGUGACAGAAAUAAACGCCACCACCAGGACCACCUCCUCGCCGAGAGCUAACCGACUAAACGUGAACCCAGCACCAGCACUAGCACCACGACCCCAACCCGAGUGAUAUUAUUUUUAAUGCAAUCAAAGUGCUAAGUGAGUUUGCCAAAAACAGAAGGCAGCAGAGACCAUACAGAACUAGAACGAACAGAAGUGCCGAGUGAAAGUCCGUGUCGAGUCCUAACCCAAUUUGGGAAGUUUGUCCUUUGAGAGCGCGUCGCAGCCCGGCAAGGACGAGCAGGAUUCAUAUGGACGACGGCAGGCGCGGCCCGGUUAGCCAGGUGAGCAGCCAGGAAAGGCCCUGCAAACGGUACCGCAAGCGGAGGCGUCGCCACUGAACCAACGAUCCACCACCCAAUACUCGCCUAAAUGAAGAAUGAAGAAACAAAAUGUGCGCACGAUAUCCUUGAUCGUGUGUACAUUUACCUACUUGCUCGUCGGCGCCGCCGUCUUUGACGCCCUCGAAUCGGAAACGGAAAAGCGUCGUUGGGAGGCGCUGCAAGAUGCCGAGGACAUGAUAAUACGCAAAUACAAUAUCUCACAGGAGGACUUCAAAGUCAUGGAGACUGUGGUGCUCAAAUCGGAAUCGCACAAGGCCGGCCAGCAGUGGAAGUUCACCGGUGCAUUCUAUUAUGCAACCACGGUGCUAACCACCAUAGGCUACGGACACUCGACGCCCAGCACGGUGGGCGGGAAGCUCUUCACGAUGUGCUACGCCAUUGUGGGGAUUCCCCUGGGCCUCGUUAUGUUCCAGAGCAUCGGAGAAAGAGUGAAUAGACUGAGCAGCUAUGUUAUCAAAGCGGUCCGCUCCUCGCUGCGCUGCAAAAGGACCGUCGCCUCGGAGGUGGACCUCAUCUGUGUUGUGACCACUCUCAGCUCGCUGACGAUAGCAGGCGGUGCUGCGGCCUUCUCGAAAUUCGAGGGCUGGAGCUACUUCGAUUCAGUAUAUUACUGUUUUAUUACUUUAACCACAAUAGGCUUUGGCGACAUGGUAGCCCUGCAGCGGGACAAUGCACUGAACAGGAAGCCCGAAUACGUGAUGUUCGCACUGAUAUUUAUACUUUUUGGCCUGGCCAUCGUGGCCGCCUCGCUGAACUUGUUAGUACUUAGGUUUGUUACAAUGAAUACCGAGGAUGAGCGACGCGACGAGGCCCAGGCCAUGCAGGCGCUGCAAGUGGCUGUGAAGCUGGAGGGCGAUGUGAUAACAUCCAACGGAUCCAUUCUGAGCGGCUACGAGGGACACGACGGCCAGUCUCUGAACGGAAGCAACGCCUCGUCCAUGUGCUCGUGCCACUGCAUGUGUCUCAAUGGGAACCGGCAUAAAAAAAGUAACAACUUGGGAAAGAACAACGAUGCGGAAAACCAAUACAAACUGCGGCGAUCGCCCACUCACAUCCGACACCUCCUGCCCGAGGUGGUGCCCAUGCAGGACUUGAACUACGACUACGACACCCAGAGCCUGCACACCCUGGCCGACCGGGGGACCAUGGACAGCAGCUACAUGGGCGUGGACAUGGUGGACAUGGGGGACACGGCGAGCAUGGAGCUGCGGCCGCACACCCUGCUGAAGCGCAAUGUCUCGCUGCUGUCCAUUCGCAUCUAGGAUGCUAGGACGCAGGGGUGCCGGACUGGCGGGUGGCUGGAACAACGAAGUGGCGCCCAGCCCUAGCCAAAAACGACUUACAAAUCGAAAGUGAUAACAAGGCUCUAAUAGUACUUAAAUACUCAUGUAGAUUCGCAACUGAAUGUAGGACACGACGCGAUUUGGAUAAUGACGAUGCGAGUUCCGAGCAAUUUACGUAGGCUCAGGCUCGGCUCCCCGCGAUACGCCAUGUGUGUGCAGCAUUUACAACGUGAACUAGUGCGUAGAUCUAUACAACAUGUAGUCGGCAGGAUAGACAGUAACCUAUAUACACAACACUUACAACUAGGGCACUAUACAAUUGAAUGUAAACCACUGCCAUUUGCCAUUUCCGAGCGAUAGAACCUAGAGGCGAUGCGGACGAUUCUGGAACGGCACACUCCACUCACUCGUAGUCUUUCUAUUUUAACGCCAACAUCCGUGACAGUCAUCCGUACCCGUGAAUAGAGCGAUUCCGCAGUAACCUCGAGCCAAAAUCAACCUGUGUAUUGCUACGUUUAUCCAGCUUCUCCUUUGUAUUUCCUAACUGUAGACCUAUAAUACUAAUAUCAAAGAAGGGUCGCCGAAUUCGAAAGUCAGUGGGGAGAUUCUGAAGAAUCAGAACUACCAACGUCAUUGACUAUUGAACUGCCUUAAGUCUUUUUUAGUAUUUGAAACUUAGAACCGAAGCGGUUUCAAAAAAUUCAAGCAUGACACGGAGGUUUUUGCUUCGUUUUAUUCACCUAAUUUGCAACUAAUCGCGCGUAUAAACGUAGAACAUAUUCCAGGAGCCAAAGAAACGCAAUGAAAGUGUCAAAUUAAAGCUGUAAAUACUACUUAGCCGAUUAAUGUAAGCCAACGUUUAAAGAUCCGAAAUCCAUUUUAUUCAGACAUAUUAUGAUUACGUAACGUUGCAAGACGAACUCGAACUCGAUAUUAGUUGGCGCCCCCGGAGCGCAAGUAGUUAGUAGCCGCAGCUACGACGUCCGCUAUCUAACCAAGUGUCAAAUGCUUAGCUAGUGGCCCGCGAAGAAGGUUCCGGGCACUCCAGUGCUCAAGUGACUCCACGAUGUGCCAAAUACCCAAUCGUACGCGCGAGCCAAGGCCAUGCCAGUGGCAUCGAAGGCCCGAAUCGCACGCGUGCCAGACAGACAUAUACCGUGUCAGACCCCAGACCUCCCCCUGUCGCAUUUAUGCAAAGAAUGCAUUUAGUUAUAGUUGUAGAUAUGUCGAACCGAAUUCCCCACACCUAGUUUAGGCAGUCCCAUUCCCAUAUUGUUUAGGGCACUCGCAUUUAAAGUAGGAUUUUCGAUAAUCUGUUCUAGUUAGUCGAUCCACAUUGCUCACUCGAGACGUCAAACGCUUCAAGAAAAUCUCUUUUAUCCUUAUGUGCUUUGUAUAUAAUAGUAUACUAAUUGAUAAAGUAAUUACUUUAAAAACGAUAUAUUGCUAGAACCAAAACUUUGUCAGUUUGAAAAACUUAGUUAUGCAUUUGAUUUAACCGAUCGAUUUUUAGAGUGCUAAAUAUUUUGAAAUUUUAAAUACUUAACUAUACUAUAUUUCGGCCAGCGGCGUUUAAAUCACCAGUGGUAUUCUUUGAAUUCAAGAUAAUUAAAUCAAAUGAAAUUGUAAUUUUAAUUCAGGCAAAUAAUGCGAAAUAGUGAAUCUAAGACUUUGUAAUAUACUUAUAUUCCGAAAUUACACAGAAAAAACAAUAAACUAAAUUUAUAUAUGAUUAAAUCUGCCUUGG